CAGAGAGAAGAGGGAAGCAUCUUUAUUGGUUGGCAAACUUGAAUUUCAAUGGCUUCGCCUUACUUUGAUCCAGAGUAUGAGAACUUAAGCAUCAGAUUAAACCCUCCAAGGGUGUCUGUGGACAACACUAGCUGCAGGGACUGUACUCUAGUCAAGGUUGACAGCUUGAACAAACCAGGAAUACUGCUAGAAGUGGUGCAAAUCUUGUCGGACCUUGAUCUCAUCAUCACCAAAGCUUACAUCUCCUCUGAUGGUGGAUGGUUCAUGGAUGUGUUUCAUGUCACUGACCAUCAAGGGAACAAAAUUACUGAAAGUAAGACCAUUGAUUACAUAGAGAAGGCACUAGGACCUAAAGGCCAAACUGCAGAUGGGUUGAAUACAUGGCCAGGAAAGAGGGUAGGGGUGCACACCAUUGGUGACCAUUCAGCCAUUGAGCUCAUAGGGAGGGAUCGACCAGGUCUCUUAUCAGAGAUAUCUGCUGUCCUUGCUGAUCUCCACUUUAAUGUAGCUGCCGCUGAAGUUUGGACGCACAACAGGAGAAUAGCAUGUGUUCUUUACGUCAAUGAUGAUACCACAUGCCGUGCUGUGGAUGACCCAGCUCGAUUAUCUGCUAUGGAGGAGCAGCUCAAGAACAUUCUUCGUGGGUGUGAUGAUGGUGAGAAAGUGGCUCAUACUAGUUCCUCCAUGGGUUUCACCCAUGUUGACCGGCGACUCCACCAGAUGUUGUUUGCUGAUAGGGAUUACGAAGGUGGUGGGUUGGCAACAGAGACAGAUUCUCCUUGUACAUUAAAAUCAAAAAUCACAGUUGAACAUUGUGUGGACAAGGGGUACUCGGUAGUUAAUGUAAGGUGCAAAGAUCGGCCGAAACUUAUGUUUGAUAUUGUGUGCACACUCACUGACAUGCAAUAUGUUGUGUUUCAUGCCACCAUCUCAUCUGAUCGCCCCUAUGCAUCACAGUAUUUACUCAAAACUCAAAGAUGGAUACUUCCUCAAAUGAUAUGGAAGAGAAUGCAAUGAUCUCUUUUUGAAAGGAAGUUCUCAAGAGGCUUUGCAAUUAUGAUUUAUGCAAGUAAAUAAGUGAAUUGGAUUUGUAGGAGUAUUAUAUCCGUCACAUGGAUGGCUGCACUCUGGAUACUGGAGAAAAAGAAAGGGUCAUCAAGUGUCUUAAAGCUGCAAUUCAACGAAGAGUAAGUGAGGGUCUAAGCCUAGAACUCUCUGCGAAGGAUCGAGUAGGUUUGCUAUCUGAAGUAACAAGAGUCCUUCGAGAAAAUGGGCUAGCUGUUACAAGAGCGGGGGUCACAACAGUUGGGGAGCAAGCAAUGAAUGUUUUCUAUGUGCGAGACGCUUCUGGAAAUCCGGUGAACAUGAAGACCAUUGAAGGACUUGGCAAAGAGAUUGGGCACACAAUGAUGCUUAAUGUGAAGAAAGCCCCCACAAGUGCAAAGGCACCUGAAGCUAGUGGAUGGGCCAAGACAAGAUUCUCCUUUGGUAGUCUACUGGAAAGGUUUUUGGCUUGAAAUUGUCUAUUUCACUGUGAGUCAUGUAUAGAAUAACAAAGGAGUUGGAUAAAACCUGGACCACGGAAUGUGGAAGUUCCAGAAAUUUGGGUUUUGCUACUCUUUUUCCCUCUCUCUCGGAAUAUGUGAUGGUUGAGUACAAUGGUCAUUUUGGAAAUUUGAAGAAAUGAAUAUUCCAUUUUUUU